CUCCAGCCUUAUGAAGGCCAUUUGAGCUUGACUGUCCUGCUUACGGACUCUUGUAGAUGACUCUUUGUUAACACUUCGUUCGAAAGAUUGAUAUCUAAUUGUAAGUUUACGAUUAUUACGUGAGUUUUCAGUUUAAACGGAGCCGCAUAGAUACUUGUAUCUUAUAUUAUGGAGCCAUACGACGUAAUUGUCAAUCAACCGGUGGUUAUCGACAACGGCUCUGGUGUAAUCAAGGCAGGAUUUGCAGGUGGUCAGAUACCAAAAUGCAGAUUUCCAAAUUAUAUUGGAAGACCAAAACAUAUACGUGUUAUGGCUGGUGCUUUGGAAGGUGAUCUAUUUGUGGGUCCAAUAGCAGAGGAACAUCGUGGCCUUCUGUCUAUUCGGUAUCCAAUGGAGCAUGGCAUAGUAACAGAUUGGAAUGAUAUGGAGCAUAUUUGGUCCUAUGUAUAUAGCAAAGAUCAAUUAGCUACAUUCAGUGAGGAACAUCCAGUUUUACUCACAGAAGCACCUUUAAAUCCUAGAAAAAACCGUGAAAAAGCAGCAGAAAUAUUUUUUGAAACUUUUAAUGUUCCAGCUCUUUUUGUCUCUAUGCAAGCUGUACUCAGCUUAUAUGCAACUGGCAGAACCACUGGAGUAGUUCUUGAUGCUGGUGAUGGUGUUACACAUGCUGUACCAAUUUAUGAAGGUUUUGCUAUGCCUCACAGUAUAAUGCGAGUUGAUAUAGCAGGACGUGAUGUUACAAGACAUCUUAGGCUACUUUUACGGAAGGAAGGUAUUAACUUCAAAACUACAGCAGAAUUUGAAAUUGUAAGAAUGAUCAAAGAGCGAGCAUGCUACCUUGCUAGCAACCCCCAGAAAGAAGAAACAAUAGAAACUGAAAAGUUUCAAUAUAUAUUGCCUGAUGGUAGUCACUUAGAGAUCGGACCAGCGCGAUUUAGAGCACCUGAAGUACUGUUUAGACCAGAUCUGAUAGGUGAAGAAUGUGAAGGCCUUCAUGAAGUAUUAACAUAUUCUAUUCAGAAGUCCGAUUUAGAUUUAAGAAAAGUUCUAUUUCAAAACAUUGUUCUGUCGGGAGGAUCAACAUUAUUUCGUGGAUUCGGUGAUAGAUUAUUGUCAGAAAUUCGUAGGAUGUCACCAAAAGAUAUUAAAAUAAGGAUAUCCGCACCUCAAGAACGAUUAUACAGUACCUGGAUUGGCGGUUCCAUUUUGGCUUCUUUAGACACUUUUAAAAAGAUGUGGGUUAGUAAAAGAGAAUUUGAUGAGGACGGUGUACGUGCUAUCCAUCGUAAAACAUUUUAAAACUUAGAGCAGUUUUUGAGAAAAGAAUGUUAAGUCUAAUAAUUUUAUUAUUACAAUAAGCAAAUGAUGGCAUACUCGGCAUUAUAACAAUAUGUAUCGCAGCAAACGUAUUACCGGUUUUGGAUGAUAACUCUUAUUUAUAUUAUAAUCCCAAAGGAGAUCGUUAUUCAUGCAUUUCUAUCGAUAUUUAAUGAAUGUAACGCUAAAACGGCUUGGACUUGCUGUCAUCAUUGCUUGUUAGUUAAUUUACGUGACUUUGUUUUGAUAGAUGUAUACACGAUGGUUUCGAUACAAAUACUUAGAUACAUUAAAUAUUUCUAGAAAUAUUGCACAAUACGAUAAAAAGAACAGAAAGCAAAAAAAGAAAUAGAUCAUCAGAAGUUCUUAUAAAUGUAAAUAAUCUUUUAAAACUAAAUGUAUUAAUAACAGACAAAAAAUAAUUCAAAAUUGUCAGUUUUUUACAUUAUUUAUUUAUUAUAUAUUUAUAUGUUGUGUCCCUAAUCCUAUUAUGGAUUUUGUGAUAAAAUUUAUUAUUUUCAUUCAAUAAGAAAGAGUACUUCACCUAUAUGAUAUAAUGAAAGGUGCAUUUUAUGUGCAGCAACAUUUUUGCAAAGCAUUUGUAAAUAUAUACGCUUUGGCAAAAUAA